GAAUAAACUGUAACUAGAAUUUUUGUUUUACUGACACCUGUCAAUGAGUCUGAAAAUCUACUUCGCGAUCCUCGUCGUUAGUGCGGCUUCGGGCUUCCAGCACGGCUAUCACUUCGUUAUUAUUAACAACCCGUCAAAGGUGAUACAGGAAUGGAUCACGGAACUGAAAACGAAAAAGGAAGGGGUAGCUCCGACUGCAGCCGGAGUCGACCUGAUCUGGGCCGUUGUCGUGGCAAUUUUCUCGGUUGGGGGAGCAGUUGGCGCGUUUAUAAUCGGGAUCUUCGCGGAUAACUUCGGUCGGAAGGGUAGUCUCAAGUGGAACACUUGUCUGGUCCUGGUGGCAGCGGCCAUAACACUCUAUUCCAGGAGAGCAAAGUCGUAUAAAGUGCUUCUCUUCGGCCGCUUCCUGUCCGGAAUCACCUCGGGGUUAACCUCCGGUUUGUGCCAAAUGUACUCGGUUGAGAUUUCGCCGGAUGAGAUCCGCGGCGGGCUCUCUGGGGUCUACCAAGUCGCGAUUAGCUUUUCGAUGCUUGUCGCUGCGAUCGCGGGAAUUGUCUUCUCGGAGAAAGAAACGUGGCACUAUAUUUUCAUAAUACCCAUAGUACCGGCAGUUUUGCAACUUAUUGCUCUACCGUUCUGCCCGGAAUCGCCCAAAUUCCUCUUGAUCACUAAAGGCAGCGAUGCCAAAGCCGAGAAGGCGCUCAAAUGGCUGCGAGAGAGCGACGAUGUUGCGGAAGAGUUAGAGUUGUUGAAAGAGGAGGAUAAUCGGGUCAAGCAAUUACGGGGAUCCUCUCUGAAACGUAUUCUGAGCAACCCCGCCAUGACCAACGCUUUGAUUUGCUGUUUAAUUUUGAAUAUUUCGCAGCAAAUGUGUGGCAUUAAAACGGUAAUUCAAUUCUCGACCCCGGUUUUUGAAGAAAUGAAUCUGGGACCAAAAGUGGCCUUGUAUAUCACGGCAGGAAUGUUCAUACCUCUGCUAAUUACAUCGAUAGUUUUCUGUUUUAUUAUCGAUAAAUACGGACGACGUAGAAUGGCAGAAAUUAGCUUAAUAGGCCUGAUUAUAACAACAACUUUCCUUUUUACUUCUCUGUACUUGAGAAGAAAAAUUGUACCAAGCAUGAAGUAUGCGGCUAUUGUAGGAUACUUCGUAUUCAACGGGUUUUAUUGCAUCGGUAUUGGCCCCUUGGGAUGGUUUGUCCCAGCUGAGAUGUUCUACCAUUCAUCCCGGACUGUCGCAGUUUGUUUAUCAGUUGCAUCAAACUACAUUUCAAGUUUUAUAAUAGGGCAAGCGUUUUUCAUUUUAAAGAGCGAAAUCGAUGCAUACACCAGCCUCAUAUUUAUUGUUUUGGACAUAUUCUCGCUUCUUUACAUCCAGCAACGCUUACCCGAGACGAACCAACUUAGUGCAUUAGACAUCCUCGAUAUGUACACCUUUCCACAAUAAAUUAUCCCCAAAAAAUC